CAAUUUGUGUAACUUCUAAUUAAUUAUCUACUUUCCUCAGCUUUACUUGCUGCUCUUUGCUUUCUCUUUCUUGAUCAGUUUCAGAAAUCAUGCAAUGAAAGGAACAGGAAACACAAUCGAUUAUUGCAAAAAAAAAUUGAAUCUCAGGAUUUUCUCUAUUCAUCAAGCUUCUGAUUUCUGUACAUUUUUCAAAAUUUCUGCGCUAGCAGCAGCUUUCUCAACAAGUCCGUAGCUGAUAAUCAACACACAGAGCAAAGCUUGGAAGUACUAACUGAACUCCUCAGACAAAAAUAGAGCUCAUAAUGGCGGAGUCCAUUGUCGGCCACUUUGUUGAGAAGCUUGCAGAUUACACUAUUGCUGCAAUUUCUCGCCAAUUUAAAUACAUGUUUCGCUACAAUAGGAACAUUCAAAAUUUGAGGUCUAAAGUGCAAGAUCUCGAAAAUAAGAGAAAUGAUGUGCAAUCAUCAGUGGAUGGUGCAAAAAGAAAUGCGUUAGUUAUUAAAUCAGAGGUGGAUGCAUGGUUAAAAAAGGCUGAUGACUUAAAGAAAGAGGCUGAUGAAGUUUUGAAUAGCACAACAAAUUCUGAAAUGCGAUGCCUAUACUUUAGGUGUCCAAAUUUGAGGACCCGUUACUUGCUGAGCAGGAAUGCCACAAAGAAGACUACUGCAAUUGUUGAGCUCCAACAAAAAGGUAAAUUUGAUGAGGUGGGCAGGCGUGCACCAUUAACGUUGUCGUCUUUCCAUGGGUCUGAGGCUUUGAAGACAAGGAUAUCAACUAAGGAGGAUAUCAUAAAUGCUCUAGAGGACAAAGAUAUCAGCAUUGUUGGGAUAUGUGGCCUGCCUGGGGUAGGUAAGACGACAAUGGCAAAGGAAGUAAUGACUCAAGUCAAAGGUGGAUUAUUUGAUGAGGUUGCCAUGGUAGUUGUUUCUAAGGAUGUGGACAUAAUAAGAAUUCAGGAUAAACUUGCUGACAUGCUCGGUUUGAAAAUUGAUGAAAAGACCAAUGAAAUUGCUAGAGCUACUCGACUUGCCGAAAGACUUACUCAGGAUAAUAAAAAGAGAAUUCUUGUAAUAUUAGAUGACGUAUGGACAGACAUUGAUUUGAAAACAUUAGGAAUUCCUUCAUCAAAUCGUCCUGAGGGGUUGAAAAUUCUAUUAACAUCACGCUUUGAAUAUGUCUGCAAAAGGAUGGGAGCUCAAAGGAACAUUGAAGUUGGAGUAUUGCCUAGAGAAGAAGCUUUUGCACUUUUUCAAGAUGUGGCAGAGAUUUCAAAGAUAUCUAGUAUCACUACUGAACUGAAGGCCAUAGCCGAACAAGUUGCAGAGGAGUGUAAAGGUUUACCUUUAGCACUUGUGAUUGCCGGCAAAACACUCAGAGACAGUGAACUGCGUGUAUGGAGGAAUGCACUUAAUCAACUACGGAAUUCUCAACAUGAUGAUGUGGUCUACUCAAGUAUAGAGUUGAGCUACAACUAUUUGAAAAGUGAUGAACACAGAUCCUUGCUUUUGCUAUGCUCUCUUUUCCUUGAAGAUGAGAGCAUCCCAAUUGAAAGUUUAGUUAGAUAUGCAAGGGGGCUAGGACUGUUUAAAUAUACUGAGACAUUAUUAGAUACCAGAGAUCGGACAUAUGCAAUCUCUGAUAAUCUAAAAAGUUGUCAUUUGUUACUAUCAGGAUAUAGGGAGGAGGAGGUCAAAUUGCAUGAUGUUAUCAGAGAUUUUUGUUUAUCGAUUGCAUCUAAAGGUGAACAUAGGUAUUUGGUGAAACAUGAUAUAAGGACAGAGUGGCCAGAACAUGAUAACCAUGAAUCCUACAGUGCCAUCUCACUAACAUUUCAACGGAGGAUUUUGCUACCCAGUCGGUUACAGUAUGGGAACCUCAAGUUCUUACGGGUGCGAUGUUAUUCGAGAGGAAGGAAAAUUGACAUAACCGGAGAAUUUUUUUAUUAUAUGCAGGAACUUAGAGUUAUUGAUUUCUCUGGAUUUCAGAUUCGAUCACCGAUCCGACUGCCGCUGGGUCUCCAAACUCUGUGCUUGAACGACUGUAUUUUAGAGAUUGAAAUGUCAUCCUUUGGAAGUCUAAAGAAGUUGGAAAUUCUCACAUUCUUGGAUUCUUCUCUCCCUGUUGAUUUUCCCCGUGAUAAAAUGGCAGAACUUAGCAACCUAAGGUUAUUAGAUUUGAGGUUUAAGAAAGGUCCCUGCCUACUUCCCCCUGGUUUUUUGUUCGGUAUGAAGAAACUAGAAGAUUUGUAUUUGGGACGUUGUCUCUCCACAAGAUAUGAAGAAAAAGAGCACAUUAUCGAAGAGCUAAGUUCAUUGAAGGAUCUCAACACUCUUCAGAUUAUCACAGAUGAUACUCGGGUUCUGUUGCAAUUAUUACAAAGUUGCUCUGAGAAGCUCGAGAAGCUGGAAAGAUUUCAAAUCUACAAAAGUGGGAUUGAUCCUUCUUAUCGUUUUCAUAGGGAUUUUCGAAGGGAUUUGAAGCUCGAAAAUAUUGACCGAAACAUGCUUUUGGAACCUAGAAUUAAGUCAUUAAUGAGAAGAAGUGACAAACUUUUUCUAUCAAACGUGAUAGGUUGGAACAAUCCAGUCAUUGAGUUGGUUGAAGAUGGUUUCAUUAACUUGAAGAGUUUGGAGCUACACCGUUUGGAUUCUGAGUAUCUUAUUGAUGCUGCAGGCUCCAUUCCAAGUGGCAUGUUCGGCAAUUUGGAAUCUCUGGCAUUGGAGAAUAUGCAUUAUCUGAAGGCGAUACACAAUGGGAAUCUUCCAAGGAUGGAACAUGUGACGAGGGGUGUCUCGGAACCUGCACUGUUCUACAACCUUAAACAAAUUAUAGUUUAUGAUUGUGCUAAAAUUAAAAGAUUGUUUUCGGAGUCAGUUGCAAAAUGCAUGGUUAAUCUCCAAAGUCUUUAUUUAUGGUCAUAUUGCCAUAUUUUUUCACCAAUGUAUAGGUAUCUCCAAACUUCGGAGAGUUUGAAGAAACUCUCAUGUGCGGAGUCGCUCCGCACUCCAAACUCUUCGGAGAGGAGAGUUUGGUAUCUCCAAACUCUCCGAAGAGUUUGGAUGCUCCGUACCUUGUGA